AUGACUUUCAUGGAGACUUUGUUAUCUCUAAUUUCUCUCCUCUCAAGUGCUUUGCUACUACAUGCCGUUGUUGAAGGUCCCAAGGCCAUCACUCUAACGCUUAUUCACCCAUUCUCCCCCCACUCACCUUUCUAUCCAGGGAACAUAACAGAUGUGGAGAAAAUUAAUCUACUUAUUCAGGGCACAGAAGCUCAUAUGCAUCAUCUAUUCUCAACAAUGAGAGAAGGAAACUUGAAUGGUAGCAGUGAGGUUGACGACAUAGUGACACAAGUGCAACGUACUGGUGCCUACUAUGUAGCCCAGGUGGGUAUAGGUUCAUUUCCACCUGUUCCUGGCCCAAAGACGAUGCCUUAUUUCUUGAUCAUGGACACUGGAAGUCACACAACAUGGGUUCAAUGUGAAGGUUGCAAUCGUUACGUCUCCCAAGGGCAACCCAAUUACCCAUACAAAAGAUCUCAGAGUUAUAAACCUAUUCCUUGUGGUGACCCAACCUGUCCAACUCCAAACCAAGAUUGCUUUCAAUCAUUUUGUGGAUUCAGAAUACAUUAUUCAGUUAGUACCACUGGGCCCUUAAUAGUUGGAAGCAUUAUAAGAGAAACCUUAACCUUCCCUUCUGAUUUUAGAGGUACAGAAUCUUAUAACAACUUAUUCUUGGGUUGUGGCAUUCAGUACGUCAACUUUAACUAUGCAUUUGGUGGGAUUUUGGGCAUAGGGCCUGGAGGCCUUGGACCUCGUCCCUUAUGGGAUCAAGUGGGCAAAAAACGCUUCUCUUAUUGCCUAGUUCCUUCCGAACAACCCAAUUAUUGGUUAUAUAUUGGAGGUGAAAAGAUGGUAGGACAACAAGUGCAAUCAACAUCAUUGCUGAGAGGAUCUCACCCAUCACUAUACUAUUUGGAAUUGCAGGAUAUUAGCAUCGCUAAUGUUCACCUUGGAUUGCAGGGAUCCUUCUCUGGGGGUUGUGCCAUAGAUACAAGAGCUGGGAUGACUUCACUUGUUUCAAAUGUUUAUGCUCGUGUGAGAAUUGGUCUUAUUUAG